GGGAAGAGGCAGGCAGCGGGGCGGGCAGGAAUAUCCGCGGCGCGGCGGCGGGGGCUCCGGCAGUGCGGCGGCAGGCGAAGCGCAGGGCGGAGCGGAGGCGGCUGCGGGCGCCGGGACCGUCUGUGCGCGGCGCUUCUCGAGCGGCGGCGGCGAAGUGCCGCUGCCUGCCGGCCAUGUCGGGCCGGGGGAAGUCCGGCGGCAAGGCGCGGGCCAAGGCCAAGUCGCGCUCGUCGCGAGCUGGGCUGCAGUUCCCCGUGGGCCGGGUGCACCGGCUGCUGCGGAAGGGCAACUACGCGGAGCGAGUGGGCGCCGGGGCGCCAGUGUAUCUGGCGGCGGUGCUGGAGUACCUCUCGGCCGAGAUCCUGGAGCUGGCGGGCAACGCGGCCCGCGACAACAAGAAGACGCGCAUCAUCCCGCGGCACCUGCAGCUCGCCAUCCGCAACGACGAGGAGCUCAACAAGCUGCUGGGCGGCGUGACCAUCGCCCAGGGCGGUGUCCUGCCCAACAUCCAAGCCGUGCUGCUCCCCAAGAAGACACAGAGCUCCAAGAAGUGAGCCCUGCCCCCCCCACACUCCCCGCUCCCGGUCCCUUCCUCGCCACUAUCCUAUCUCUCCUUCCAAUUGGGAUGAAGUAUCUCUUCCUGCCCCCCCAGCCUGGGCUGGGUGGUGAGCUCUGGCAGCACCCCGUUAGCCCUCCAGUAGUCCCCCCAGUCUAGGCUGUGGUGGGGUCCUGGGGGGAGCAUGGGUGAGGUCAGACCCUGCUUAUGUCCACACCCUGACCCUUUUCCCUCUGGAAGAAGUGUUUUUGGAGGAGGCGGCUGGAUCGUAACUGUCGGUGGUGAUGGUGACAUCGGGAGCUGUGUGGUUGGGUCGUGGUGCAGAGCUGCUGGUAGUUCCUGAGGAUUGUUGUGGCUGGUGUGGGGAUGAACAUGGGCACCCUGUCUGCCUCUCUCCUCCACUUGUCCUGAGGCUGUGUAGGGUCCCCUCAGGUGGCCCUGCUCAUCCUGGCUUGAGGAUGGGACUCACUGUUGCUGCACUCCCUCCCCCCCCAGCAAUGCCAUCCUGACUGCACUGCAGUGGGGAGGGCAGGGGGCUGGAAAAUGUGAAAGGAGAAAAAGUUUCUCCGUUGGCAAGAAGUGACUGUUAGUCUUAGUUUUGUUCAUGGUAAAGCUAGUGCGUUGCCUACUGUAAAGAAGCUCUGGUCCUAUUUAUUUUAAGGUCUUUUAUUUUGGGGUACCUCCCUGCAGAGUCACCCUCCUGCAGCUCCCUGGCUCGGCGGAUGCCGGGGGACUUGGUGGUCCCACAUGCCAUGGGUCCCGCUAGCGGGGUGGGGUGGAGGCUGCAGUGAUGAAUUCCCUCAGAGCGUCGCAAGGUCAGGCGCCCGCCGGGAGCGGGAGCUGCCAUCUUCUGCUACAGCUCCCCUGCUCUCCUGGCUGCUGCAGCCCUUCGUCUCGCUGAGAGCUACCCUCUACCUUGGUUGCACUUCUGGAAACAACAUGCUGUGUCCUUUCUCUUUUGUUGUUGUUGUUGUUGUUGGUUGUUUGUUCCACACUAUUUCUGGUUCAGAGAAAUAAAAGUGAUGAUGCUAUCUGUUAUCUGUAACCUCCUAUGGAUUAACAUUUCUUUCUAAAAACCACCCUGGAGUUUGUGUUGAGCCUGCCCUUAGCUAGCACUGUGUUUAUUCGAUGGCUGUAUGGGUAAGGUGUGAGCAUGGGGGCAGGUGAGCUGUCCUGUGACACCUGGGAUGGCUGGUGCAGCGACAGCUUCCCUUGCUGCCCAGAGCAGCUGCUUCUGUGCAGGCUGGCGGUGGUGUGCAUGCGGCAGUGUCUAGGCAAAUCAGACCACAGACCUUCGUAAUGUGUUCCAGUGGAAAAAAAAAGGCAACUUGUGUUUCUGUGCUGUCAGUAGCAUGUGUGCAACCUAUUGAAUCAGCUGUUAAUCUUGUGGAUGAAGUAACUUACCCUGGCUCUGAGUCUAUUAUUAUCUAGAGUAGAUGAACCUAGAUGCUUGUCGCCUGGCCUUUCUGAAGGGGGUUUUCACUCCC